AUGGAUAGCGAUUUGAUUGGCAGCCAGGUGAAUCUACCGGGCACCCGAGGACAGGGGUACCUCCGUUACUAUGGACCCAUCGAGGGGAAGGAAGGUCUAUUCGCCGGCAUCGAGUUGGUGGGGUUUAUCGCCGCCUUGCGAGGCAAGAACGACGGUAACGUCGGCGCCAAGCGCUACUUCGAGGUGUCUACACCGAAGUCGGGUCUUUUCAUUUCUUGGGAGAGGCUACGGGUGGCAAACACUCAUCUCCCGGCGUUGAAUGCCGAUGGCCUGAUUGCCCAACUGCAGACGGGUCUUCCUCGACCACAAAGGGCAUCGUCGUCGCUGCCUCCGUCGACCGAUCUUCCUAAACCGGGACAGAGACUUCCCAGAUCUCUGGCUCCGGGACUGAGGGUACCACUGGGGGUGAAACUGUUGCCCAAACCAGCGACGCCUCGGUCUCGACUGGUGACGCCAAAGUCAGGAGGACUGUCGCUGGAGCCGGGUCUCUUUGAUGCCAAGACACAUCGCAUUCUGCCAUCUAUCAAAGACCAUCGUCUCUAUGAUCAGGAGAUUACGGAAUUGAAAGCUCAGGUGGCAGCUAAGGACUCUGCUCUUUCUGAGAAGGAGACCAUCCUCCACGACCUUCAGACCACCGUGGCUGAACUUCAGCCGUUGUUGGAACAAUACGAGAUGCAAAAUGCCGAACUCUCGCGACGAUUAGACCGGCAGAAGCAAGAGUUCAACCGAGCCCGCGACGAGUGGCGCGAGCUGGUGGACAUCAUGACCAAGCUGCACCAGGAUAAUGAAGAGUACUACGUGAAGCAGAUCCAGGAUCUCGAAGGACGCAGUCAAGAUCUGGAGAGAGUGGCGGAGCUUGAGGCGGAGCUCAAAGCUGUCACUACCCGUCAUCAAGCAGAGUUGGACAAGUUACGCUCUGAGCUUGAAGCCACUAAGUCGUCUCAUAGCGACUUGCAACAAGCGCACGACCAGUUAAUGGAAAGGCUGGUGGCUAACGGUAACGCUGAUUCCUCUAAGCUUCAUGAAGAAAUUGCUCUGCUCAAGCAACAACUAAACGACGGGAGCGUUGAUGACUUAAAUGCGAAAAUUAAGCUGCUCACGAAAGAGAACAUCGCCAUCAAGGAAGCUAUGGCUGAAGCCGACCAACUGACACUAAUCGAACAAUUACAAAAGCAGGUCGGCAAACUUGCCAAAGAAAAUAAGCUUUUGAAAGAGGAUAAACUGCUCGGCGAAUCUGAUUACGAAAAGAACAAAAAGCUCGCCGACGCUAAUAAUGCCCUUGAAAAACAAGUGCUUGAGCUUAAGGAACAAGUGGCCACUCAUAGUCGCGAGUUGGAUGAGGUGACACUGGCAAAGCAACUGCUUGAGACCCGCCUCCGCCAAGAGUUACACAGGCUGAAUCAAUUGUUGGCAGAAAAGGAUACCCCGAAGGACGAUCUGGAGGAUGUGGCGCGCCUCGAGGCGAAGGUCGAAGAGCUUCAACAUCAGCUUAGCAUGAGACCAUCGUUUGAAGACUAUGCCGACGCCAAACGGAAGGUGGACGAGCUUAAAGAGCAACGGGAACGUGAGGCUAAAGCCAACCGGCAAGAGAUUGAGAAACUCACGUCUCAACUCGCCGAAGCCACCCUGAAACUGGCCAAGCUCGAGUCGCGGGGGGUGCUGGUAGCCCUCAGUGACGACCAUCCGGCGGCGACAUCUCUGCCCGUAUCCGCCGCUACCGGAGACGGUGGCGAUGCCGAUGCUCCGUCGCUACCGAUUUAUACCCCACUGCAACCUCUUGACCCCGCCGCCGGCAGACAAGACUGGUGUGGUUUGUGUGAACGUGACGGCCACAGUGCCAUCAAUUGUCCUUACGAAAACGACGUCUUUUAG